CUCAUUAUCACAACUUUGCUCAUUAUUACCAUAUCUCUCAAAUAAGCCAGUGUAGAUAGACCAAUUAAGUGAUUCUGGUUUACAUGUUCUCUUUCCAUCAAUUCCAACCUCGAUAAUUACCUAAAUUAGGACUUUGUCUAAAGCAUCGGGAUAAAGCAAAGGAAAACGUUAUUGCUGGGACACAAGAACCUGCACAUAAUGACGUCACAGGCGGAGUCCCGCACUGCUGCAUGCGAGUGACCGAACGCCCUCUGAGUCCUCGAUUAUUAUUGUAUUAAAAUUGUCACUGGUAAACGGUGUCGGAAAGGCGUGAGAUACAGAGACUUCUUAGGGAGAGAGAGAGCCUAGGUUUCUAGACGCCGUGAUAAAAGAUCCAUGGUUGCUUUAUUCUUUGCAUAGAAAGGUUAAUCCAGGAAAAAUAAUGGCCUCAAAAUGUUUAAGAGGAAAUGUACAGGAAAGUAUUGCAAGAAUAAAGAAGGCCUUUAUGGCAGGUGUAAAUAGUGUUCAGCCACAUGAAUUGAUUAGGAAACAUUUACAAAGAAAUGCUGAGAGUUUGGAAAUUAACAAAGUAAAUUAUACACUUAAAAAUAAUGUAUAUGUCAUUGGAUUUGGUAAAGCAGUUAUUGGUAUGAUAAGGCCUGUGGAAGAAGCUCUGAGGAACUCUGAUGGAACAAGUCAUAUACAGGAAGGUGUGAUAAGUGUCCCUGUUGGGAUUCAGGACACUUUUGCAAAUAAACCACACUUACUACCAAGUGAGAACUCCAUCAUUGAAAUUGUAGAAGGAGCUAAAAAUAACAUACCAGAUGAAGCAGCCUAUGCAGGAGCAAGAAAGAUCCUUUCUUUAGCACAGAGGUUAAAAGAAAAUGACCUUAUGCUUGUGUUGAUUUCAGGAGGAGGGUCAGCCCUGCUGCCUUACCCUACUCCUCCUCUGACACUUCAUGAAAAAAGUGAACUAGUAAAGUCACUUAGUAAGAAAGGGGCAAAUAUAACAGAACUAAAUACAGUCAGAAAGGCUUUGUCACAGACCAAGGGUGGCAAACUUGCAAGUGCAACAGAGGCAGAGGUAGUAACACUUAUCUUGUCAGACAUUAUUGGUAGUCCCCUUGAUAUGAUAGCUAGUGGACCAACUGUAUGUAAUACAGACCCUGUAGAUGCUGCAGAAAACAUAUUGCAUAAGUAUGAUAUUGCUAUCACAGAAAAUCUAAGACAUAUUUUAGAUAAAAAUGCUUUAGAAAAGAAAAAAACAAAUCCAAAUGUCAGCAACUGCAUUAUUGGCAGCAAUGAGACAGCAUUGUCAGAAGUGCUAUCUUCAAUCACAAAAACAGAAAGUGAUUGUCAAUCAGUAAUAUUAUCAUCAUCUUUAAGUGGAGAAGCAGGACACAUAGGGAGAAAGAUGGCAGGGUUUGCUGCAAAUAUCAUUGAAAUCCUCUGUGGAAACAAGGCUCUGCAGAUCUCUGAAUCAGAUCUGUGUGACCUUUGCAUAAAUGACAGCAAGCCAAGCCUUAUGGAUGCCUUAGAGAGGUGUCAAAAAAGCAAAACCCCCAUUUGGCUUAUUUUUGGAGGGGAAACUACUGUGGAAGUAAAAGGAUCAGGAAGAGGUGGAAGGAAUCAAGAAAUGGUGCUUGCCUUCAGUAUGUCUAUUGAAGAGAAGCUUCAAGGCUCAACAAGUACAGGAGAAGUAGUAUUUCUCUCAGGUGGAACAGAUGGUAUUGAUGGACCAACAGAUGCAGCAGGUGCUGUAACAUACUGGUCCUCUUUCAACUCAGGAGUAAAAUCCCAGUUGAAAGAGGCAAAAGAGCAGGGCCUAAAUCCAGAAGAUUUCCUCAGAAACAAUGAUUCAUACACCUAUUUUUCUGAGCUGAGUUCUGGACAGUAUUUGCUCCAACCAGGGCACACUGGAACUAAUGUAAUGGAUUUGCAAAUACUUCUCAUUAACCCUUUCAACUAGUGUCCUUUUAAACCCUUUAGUAAUAGCAUUAUUGGGUGAUGAAAUGGGUUGAUGUUCCAAGUAGGGAUACUUGGAGUGAUGUCAUGGUCUUUGCAACAUGUGCGCAAACAAAGGCAAGCACACCUUCCCUGUGCAUAUUCAAUAAUACAGAGCCUGGAUUAGUUCCUUCCUAGUUGCCAGAAAAUGCACAGAGGAAGUUUGUUUGCCUUUGCCAGAACCCCAAGAGGUAAAGCCACAACAUAGCUGGACAUUGGGACCAGGAGCAGUUUCUUAGUCUUUAAUAAGCAGUUGUGACCUUGCCUUCAGUUUCUAAAUAACAUUGUAUUGUUUUAUGUGUUCUUAAUUUUUAUUACUUUACUUUUUGUAAUGUUGUUUCUCUUUAGCUAAAAAUGUAUAGAGCAUGGUGCUUUCUUUUAGAUAAUGGAAUGUGUCCAUAUUUUAGUUUUUGCUUACGGUGAUCUAUACUUCAUUUUCUUCUUCUGCAGUUGGUUUGAAGGCUCAAACUUGGAUAUAAAUUCUUGAACCAAGAAAAAUCACAGUGAGAAUAUGUCAAUAAUGAAGGUUUUUUUUUUCACCAAAGUGUUUAAAGUGUAAUGUAAUCUUGAAGACUUUUACCAGAUAUUGCAGUAUGACUGCAAAGGUGCUAUAUUUCUUGCAUAGUAUGCUACUCAUAGUUGAUAUGAUGGUAGUUUUGUUUUGUUAUUGAACUUCAUGUAAAAGCAAUAUUUUCCUCCAAGGGAUAACUGCUGAGACAUUGUUGUUUUAUUUCAUAUAUAUAUAUUUUUACAUAAAAGUUUACUUUAUUUUCAUAUCUUCCACCCCUUUAAAACAAGAUUUUCUUUCAGAGAGCAUAUUCUUAAUAUUUACCUGUUUUUAUGGCUUCUGUUUGUAUGAAACAGAAAAAUCAGAAAAAUUAUUCCCAGUGCCUUACCCAGUUGAUGCCACAUGAGAGCAUCAGGGUUUUGCAGUGCAUGCAUUUUCUCUACUGAUUGUAUUUUAGGAACAGUGAUUUGAGGCAAAAAAAUAUUAUGAAGUAUAUGCCAAGAGAUGAAACAAAGGAGAGAAAAGUAAUGAUUAAAACUAGCAUAGAAAUGUUCCUUUAAGAAAUUUCUAAAAAAAAAUUAAUUGUUUGGUGCUUUUAACUUGCCUUUCAAGUUAUUAAUUUCUUGAACCUUGUUGAUAAUGUUAUUUGACAAAGUAAAUUAAUCUUACAAAUGUGCUGUUCCCAGUGCUCUCAUGUUAGCAGAUAUAACAAUGAUUAAUGUUGAACAUCAUUUCAGGUCUUUGUUGCCUUUUUUGUUACAAAACUGAAUUUCAUUUGUGAAGGGUUUGUAUAUCAAUAUUCCCUUGUAUUGUGAUAUUGUGACUGUUAGGUAACAUCAGUCAUAAAAGACUGCAGCAUUCCAAAGAAGAUUCCCCAUUAUUGAAUUAAUUACAUAAAUAAGAAAUAUAUUUUUAUACAUACUUGUCAUUUACAUUAAAGAAAAAGAAACAAACAACAGGGGUUGGAUGCAAAAAAAAUAAGAUUUGACUUGCUGGUAUCUAGCUUUUAAACAUGAUUUAUGUAUGAAAUGAAUAAACUAUAAUUGAC